CAUGUAGGAAUUCAAGAAUCCGAGAACAUGGAGAUGGUACAAUAUAUCACCAGCAUCAAUGAUGUUAUGUCGAUCAGACAAAGCAAGCUUGGGGUUGGUGACCGAGGUGAAGAGGGGGUGAUGGAGAUGGGACCCGCAGGAAAAGAGAUAGAGGUGAAGAAACAAAAUGGUGACAUGCCGAAAGAAACAAGCAGCGAAAUUACAACUGGUCAACACGAACCGCAUUACAUAUAUGCUACCAAUAAGAAGACC